AUGCUACGAGCCUUGCGCGAGCAACAUGAAUUCGAGCGCCACCCAACAAGGAUCGGCCAAUCCGCCACGCCGGCUGAAGCUUGUGAUGCCACAGGAUCGGCCGAAGAGCGCGCAGAGUCCCAGUAUCCCCGGGCAGUCAGCCCCGAAGAGGCCGGCAUCUGGCAGUCCCGAACGGCAUCAUACUCUCCAGUCACGCCUACAUCAAGCGAAGAAGCUCUACCCAUUCAGGAGUCCACUGACCCGAACUCAAAGUCGACACCAGAAUUCAUCGACACACCGGAGGCUCCGCCUGUCAACCUCGACGAGAACACGGAUGCUAUAGCACUGCGAGCUGCGCUCUCGAUAUUGCAGCUUCAGCGACAGCAAGGCCUGAGGGACAUUCGAGACCUCGAGAAGAUGAAAGCAGCCGCCAUCAAGGACCCUGAUGGUUUCGUCGAGCACCUGAAAGCUAGCAAAAACACCACGGCUCAGCGAGACGGCGUCGAAGUAGACGUUGACGAUGAUGAGGACAGCGAGAAUGACGACAGCGCAGAGGAAAGAAGCGAGUCCAAGUUCCCCAAGUUUCCCGCUGCUCAGAACGUGGUUAGAGCCCCUCCAAUCGAAUGGGCCAAGUACGGUGUAGUUGGUGCAGCACUUGGACAGCCACCGCAGGACCCUCACCAGAUCGCCGCGCCUUACAAGCAUUUCGUCGACCGCAACAACGCACCACAGAAAUGA